CCGCCGCAGCGCCCGAUGAACUCCAUGAACCCCAUGAAACCGUCGCUGCCGCCCGCACCGCACGGUGAUGGUUCAUUUGCAUAUGAGGCUGUUCCCUGGCAACCGAGCACCAAUCAGCCGCCGGGAUCCCUCUCCGUGGUAACCACCGUCUGGGGGGUCAGCAACACCUCGCAGAGCCAGGUUUUUGGCAGCCCCAUGGGCCCCGGGGGCGGCAGCUCCAGCACCCCGCUGCUGCCCGGUGUGGCGGGCGCCGGUUCGGGGAUGAGCUCUCCGCAGUUCCUGGCGCAGCCGCCCUUUGCCGAGCCGGCUCCCACCAAGGGCUACGUGCAGCAGAGCGUCUACGGCCGCGGCUCCUACCCCGGCGGGCCCGGCUUCGCCCCCAGCUAUGCAGGCAGCCCUGGUGCCAUGGGGCUCCCGGCGCACGCCGCCCGCCCGCCCCCCGCUGCCGACUUCACCCAAGCGGCUGCUGCCGCCGCCGUGGCCGCUGCCGCUGCCACCGCCACAGCCACAGCCACGGCCACGGUGGCGGCGCUGCAGGAGAAGCAGAGCCAGGAGCUGAGCCAGUACAGCGCGUAAGGACGGCCGCACGCGGGGGGGGCGAUGGGAGCAGGGCAGCCCUUUGGCACUCAGUUCCUGCCCCACGCCUCCCCGCGCGGCCCCACCGGCCUCAGUCCCGGCGGCGUGGCGAGCGUCAUGGCACCCCUGGGCGUGGGGCCCACGCGGGCGCCGGCUGUGGGCACUCUGUAUGGUGCACAGCGGCUGCCCCAGCACACCUACCCAGGCCCCCCCCCAGGGCAGCAGCUGCCGCGGCAGGGCGUCAAGCGGGCGUACGGCGGAGAGGGGUACCCGGCACAGCAGUACCUGCAGGGCGGGCAGUACCCCGGCACACAGUACCCCCCCGGCGCCCCCCAGUCCUCAGCGCCGUCCCCGUCCUACCCCGGGCACAGGAUGCAGCCGGGCGUGGGCCAGUACCUCUCCGCUGCGGGCGGCACCGGGGCCUACUAUAAGGCGGCUGAGCAAUUCAAUGGACAGAGUGCAACCUUCGGUACCUACAGCCAGGCUGCCAUCAGCGGGCCGGGGCGCUCGGUGCCAGGGUACCCCAGCUCACCCCUGCCUGGGAACCCCACACCGCCCAUGACGCCGGGGAGCAGCAUGGCCCCCUACAUGUCCCCAGGCCAGGACGUUAAGGCUCCCUUCCUGCCCGACGUGAAGCCCAGCAUGGCUGCCCUGCACCCCUCGCCCUCAGGUAGGGGCAGUGGGAGGACCCUGCGCCUGACCUUCCCGGUGCGUGACGGCGUGGUGCUGGAGCCCUUCCGCCUGCAGCACAACCUGGCUGUCAGCAACCACGUCUUCCAGCUGCGCGACUCUGUCUACAAAACGCUGAUGAUGAGGCCUGACCUGGAGCUGCAGUUCAAGUGCUACCACCACGAGGACCGACAGAUGAACACCAACUGGCCGGCCUCCGUGCAGGUCAGCGUCAACGCCACGCCGCUCACCAUCGAGCGCGGGGACAACUAGACCUCACACAAACCGCUGUACCUGAAGCACGUCUGCCAGCCCGGCCGCAACACCAUCCAGAUCACCGUCACCGCCUGCUGCUGCUCGCAUCUCUUCGUGCUGCAGUUGGUGCACCGGCUCGUGCGCUCGGUGCUGCAGGGCCUCAUCAAGAAACGGCUGCUGCCCGCCGAGCACUGCAUCACCAAAAGUGAUAAGAGGAACUUCAGCAGCGGGAAUCCGGGCACGCCUGGGCCCAACGGGGAGGACGGGGUGGAGCAGACGGCCAUCAGGUCCCUCAAGUGCCCCAUCACCUUCCGCCGCAUCCAGCUGCCCGCGGGGCACGACUGCCGCCACAUCCAGUGCUUUGACCUGGAGUCCUACCUGCAGCUCAACUGCGAGCGGGGCACGUGGCGGUGUCCUGUGUGCAAUAAGACGGCGCUGCUGGAGGGGCUGGAGGUGGACCAGUACAUGCUGGGCAUCCUGAUCUACAUCCAGAGCUCGGACUACGAGGAGAUCACCAUCGACCCGACGUGCAGCUGGAAGCCAGUGCCCGUCAAACCCGACCUGCUCAAGGAGGAGGCGGACGGGCCGGCUCUCAAACGCUGCCGCACCGCCAGCCCGGCGCACAUGGUGCUGCCCAACAUCAUGGAGAUGAUCGCGGCGCUGGGGCCGGGCUCCUCGCCCUUCGCUGCCCCGGCAGCCGAUUACGGCACGCAGGGUUCCACGUUCCCGGCUCCUUCAGCUUACCCUGAGCCGUUCCCCCCCGCUGCCCCCGGCACACCGACGCUGGGGGACUUUGCGCCGCCCGCCUCCUUCCCACCUGAGCUGCUGCCCCCCGACAAGCCGCCCGCUGCCCCCCUGCCUGGACAGCUGCCACCCGCCGGCCGGAUGGAGCCGUCCCACGCCGCCGCUCUUCACGCCAUGGGCAGCCCAGCACAGCAUCGCGCCGUGCCCCCCCCGCGGCCCCCGCCGGGCAGCGCCGGCCCCGAUGUCACCUUCAGCACCGCGCCGGGGAGCGGGGAUGGGACGGAACCCGCGCUGGAUCUGCUGCCCGAGCUGACCAACCCCGAGGAGCUGCUGUCCUACCUGGGCCCCCCCGACCUGCCCAGCAGCACCAACGACGAUCUGCUCGCCCUCUUCGAGAGCAACUGAGGCCCCUCCCGGCCCCGGGGGGCGGCGGCGGGGCGGGCGGCCCCCCGGAGCGGCCCCGUCCCGCAGAGCGCAGCGCUGUACAUAUGUACAAACACUACCGCCCCGCUCCAUUAAAGCCUUUCUCUCCCA